CUGGACUUUUGGUUGUGCAAACAUUUGGGGAGUCGAGGCUGUGUCUCUGAAUCCGUACUCGUCGAACCCAUCUGCUCAAGAUUCAAUCAUGGCCACGCGGCCCACCGGCGAGGUUCUUCAGAGAGCACAAGACAUUCUUCUCUCAUCUCCUCUACAAGACCCUUCCAAAGCAGGAGAGAAUGAGAAAUCUUGUGGGUUGUCGAUUGAGAAAAAGAUUGAGUUCCUUGAGAACUUGGCUGGAAAGGUUAGCAACCGACGGUCUCGCAGAUGGCUGAAUGAUCGUCUGUUGAUGGAACUUGUUCCUCGCUUGAAUGGGGAUGAAAUUAGGGGCUUGUUUGCUCCACCUCCUUGGGGUGAUGAUGUGCCGCUGUCACCAUUUUGCAUGACAAAUGUGGGAGAGUGGGACAAGUUUAGGAAUAUAGACAUGGAUAAACAGGAUGGAAUGAUUAAAGCCCUAAAAGGCCCUUCAUCGAAGAGGAAAGGCCAUGUUGAUGCUGAUAAGAUUGCAGUACUGAAUGCAUGGCAUAGAGUAAAUUGCCGAACGAGGGAGGCAUUACGCCGUAGCUUUCUUUCAGAAGUUAUUGAGGGCUAUGAGGAAUGUUUACGAGCCUUCAUCAAAGACAGUGGAGAUGGAGAUGUUCUUGUGCUACAUGUUCAAGAUCCCUUCCGCAGGUUAUUGCUGCACGGGGUCUGUGAGUUCUAUAACUUGGUCUCAGUGACAGUGACACAGUCCGAGGACGCAGAGUCAUUCAAGACGACAAACAUAAAGAAGAAGAAAACGGGUUCUGUUGAGCUCCCAAAUAUUACCCUAUCCCAUUUUCUGAAAAUGUCAAAGGAAGGGUUUUGGUAACCUAUAGGCCAAAAUUCCAUUCUUGUUUAUAAAUAAAACCAUGCAUGAAAUGAAUCCAUGCACUUUCAUUGUAAACUUCAGUCAUCCCCUGUAACAAUAGUUUAUUUUCUCUGUAACUUUGAAAAUAUUUGUUCUGAAUUAUUAUUUCUCCCAGUCAAAACAAGCUAAGAGGUUGAUUGUGGAGGUUAGGACCCAUUAAGAGCAUUUGCUUUGAUGCUUCUUAAAAGAUGUUGUAUGUUAGUCUAUCUUGUAGAGAUUCACAAUUUCGGUUCUUCGCUCCGUUCCUAACAAUUAAUCUCAACAUCUAUGAGCAUAAAUCACAGAAUAACACUCGUUUGAUU